UGAUUGAUCUUAUUUAUUAACGAAAUAAAAAAACUGUAUAGGUUUUUGGGUAUGAAAAUAAAACUGACAUCAAACGUCAUAGACUACGUGCAUUAUGGAAGGGAAAGUAACGGGACUAUCGGACGCGACCUUCCCACCCGGCCGCCUCGUGCCAACUGACAGAUGAGCCAAGCUUAACCUCUGAUAAUAAGAGUAAACGGCGCAGCACUACAAGCAAGCGCCGCGCGCGAGCGGGACGCACGACGUAUCUUCUUCGUGAAGUGCAAGAUGGUUUUACAGUCACACACGGACCACAUCCGAGUGAGGCGAGGGAAACGCACGCGCAGGCGCCCGUACGCGUUCGAUUUACGAAUUCGCAACUUUUUUCUUUUUUAAACGGCUCUCGAAAACUGCCGGUGUUUUUUAUUGACGUUUAUUUUGAUGAACUGAUUAUUGUGAUUUUUUGUGAGUGUUUUGUGUAAAUAUGGAGAACGAAUCUUGCAGCUGAGUGGACACCGGUUUUUUUAAAUUAAAAAUCCAGGGAUAAUCGUGUACCUAGGCAGCUAAUAUUUCGAGAUUUAAGAUGAACCAACAAUGCAAAGUCUGCGGGGAGCCUGCCGCCGGCUUCCACUUCGGCGCUUUCACCUGUGAGGGCUGCAAGUCGUUCUUCGGGCGGACGUACAACAACCUGUCUUCGAUAUCUGAAUGCAAGAACAACGGAGAGUGCGUUAUAAACAAGAAGAAUCGAACGUCGUGCAAGGCCUGCCGGCUAAGAAAAUGUCUGUUAGUAGGAAUGUCAAAAUCUGGAUCUAGAUACGGCCGGAGAUCUAACUGGUUUAAAAUCCACUGCUUACUACAAGAGCAGCAGCAACAGCAUAUCCAGCAUAUGCAAACGAAUAAAUCGCCUCCAACCUUUAAUUCGUCUAUGAAUACGUCCUAUCCUCCUAUAAACCUUCUGCCAGCUGCAGCCUUAGCAGAGUAUUACAAAAGCUCAGAGAAGAGCCAAUUCACUGAAGACGUGACGCGGCAAAGCAUAUCACCGUCAGACUCUGGAGCGUCAUCAGCUGAUCCCGAAGACGAUAAUAGCUCUCGAAGCACUAGCGGCCUAAGUAUAUUCAGACCUGCCUCCUCGCCCUCCAGUGAAAAAGACGUCAGGCUACAUGCUGUUAGGAGCCAAACAAAAGACGUCAGAAAACGAAAACCUACGCUUCCACCGUCUCCUUUCGGGGCUACUCCUAGCUUUACCAGAACGGGAGCGUACCUACAACCCGUCCAAAAUCUUCGAUCGUUACCAACCGGUAUUCCUACAUGGCAGAACUGCAAUGGUGGUGACCUGAUUCUUCAUUCUCCAGCAGUAGCCGGAGUGGCCAUAGAACAAGACCAACCGAUCGACCUGUCCAUAAAAUCGGCUGUUCUAUACCGUAGUCCAAAGAACGAUGAUUUGAGCGAUUCAGAACCGGAAUUGAGUAUCGACAUGAGUGAGGACAGUACGAAAGAUAUUAUGAAGAAUCCAUUAGACUUGUCUUUGGUAUCGAAAAGGAAGGAAGAAGUUCCUUUAACUGGUUAACUUACUUAAACAAUAAGUGCCUUAAAUUGGGCCAUAUUUCAAUGUCGCGCGCAAUUUUAUAGCGUUGAAAUUGUACAUUGAAGUCAGACUUACCUAUGUAAUAAGUGACUAGAAGCCUAAUUUCGAAACGCUUGGUUAUAACGAACUGACACGUCGGUAAAAUCGUUUCUAAGUUAGCGUAGCAGACAAAAAUGGUCAGUGAAAUUAUUAAAAGUUGAAAUUCAUACUAGUUACGCUCUGAUUUAUACGUAACUAUGUUGCAUUGUUAAAUAUUAAGACAGGUCACGGCCAUGUAGCUAUUUUCCUUUAUAAUAAGUAGAUACUUAAGUUUUUACUUUUUAGUUAGUUUAUUUCAUACGAAUACUCUGCCAUACAGUAUUUAUUAAGUCUGCACAUUUCUCUUUUCUUGAUUACCCGAUCUAAAUACCAUAAUUCUAAUGUUUUAUUUUGUAAUUUUAGGUAGUGAAUAUAUAUUUUUAUUUGAAUUAUAACGAUAAAAUUACUGGUAAAAUUUAUUUAAAAUACGUUUACACUGCCAUGUUAAUAUAAAUUUUUACUACAUUCAGUGUCAUAGCCCAGUAAUAAACCUUACAGAUGUAGUGCAUAAUUAUUUUCUACCGUGUUUUCACGGAUACGCACGAACGUGCUAUUUCAGUCGGGCUCAGUACAAAAAGUAUUGAGGUUGACUAAAAUAGCAUAACAAAUACGAACGUUACCCAGAAAAUACGAUGGCCAGCAAUUGUGCACUACAUCUCUAACUGAAAAAUAAUGCUUUCUUUAUUUUGUUUAUUUUUAACUCAUAAAUCGUAGUUUAAAAUGCCAGUUAAUCCUAAAACGCCAGUGUUGACUUACCAGUUUUAGCAAAUUAAUGAAAGGGACGGAGGCCAGUUAAAAGCUCAAAAUUAAAAUGUACAAAUAAAAUUAAUUGAGACUUGUAUUAUAACUGCAACUAGGAUAACAGAUUUUUUAUAAUAUUUAUUUUAUUAGUACAUAGGCCAGUUUGUAUUGAGUCAUUUUUAAAUUGUAAUUUUAGGUAAUAUCUUUUUUGUAAUUUAUAUAGGUAGGUUAAUGCGUGUUUUUUAUUACUUUUUGUUGUUUGUUUAGAUUGUUGGAGAUUUUUUAAUUACUUUUAGACAUUCCAUUUGUGAAUUUGCUCAUUUCUAAUGUACUUUUUUAUGAUAAGUAAACAAUUCCAUUUCAUUUACAAAUUAGUACACAUUCCUGAGGCUGGUUCUCUUUUUGUUUAUUAAGUUAUUAGGUGCCAUGCAAAAUUAGAAUUAAUUAAUAAAAAAGAAAAACCUGUCGAUUUUUUUUAUUCCGCUGUAUGUGAAAACUAUGUACAAAAAGUUACCUCUUUCAUUUCUUAUUACAAAAACUAAAAAGAAUUUUAAGGUGAAAUCUGUCUGUACUCAAGUAAUUAUUUUAAUGAAUGAAAUAAAGUUGUUGUUGCUGUGUGAUACGAUAUUUUUUAUGUUUACAGUUUUACGUUUAUAAAUGAAUCUUAAUAUAUUGGAGGAAAAUAAAUAUGAGUGCCUUUAAACUACUUUGUUU